GCCUCGUCGACGCAUCGCGGCUGGUCGGCUCCUUUGCCCCCUUGCGCAGCGCACGGCCCGACACCGACUGGAGCAUCUCCUGCGAGCCACGCGCCGGCCUGCUCUCGAUCGCUAUCAUGGACGUUUAGCCGCCGAUAGCGGCAGCACGCACACCGCCCACUCGUAGACCGGUGCUCUCGCCCUUCCCGCUCGCUCCCCGACACCUCGCUCGACUCACCAUUCACCAUGUCCGGCACAGAGUCCAGAAGUUACACCUCCAACGGCAGUAUGAUCGUCGUCAGCAACAGGUUGCCCUUCGUCUUGAAGAGGAACGAGAUCUCGGGCAAGCUCGAGCGCAAGGCCAGUGCUGGUGGUCUAGUGACUGCCGUCGCACCAGUUGUCAUAAACGGAAAUGGAGUCUGGGUUGGAUGGCCGGGAAUGCACAUGGACAAUCCUAAUGAACCCAUUCCUGAAUCUGAUCCAAACGAUAGAACACCAACUGCAGGAUUAUUAUCUCGAAAGGUUGUGGCGGUGCACGUAGAACCAACCAUUUUCGAUUCAUAUUACAAUGGCUGUUGUAAUGGUACUUUCUGGCCGCUUUUCCAUUCGAUGCCCGAUAGAGCGACUUUCAUCGCUGAUCAUUGGAGAGCUUACAGUAGCGUCAACGAAGAAUUCGCUGCGAAAACGGUAGCAGCAUUGGAGUUAAUUCACAAAGAACAAGAGGGUCAAGGCAAUGGAACGCCGUUGGUUUGGGUGCACGAUUAUCACCUGAUGUUGGCUGCCAACUGGAUCAGACAGGCCGCUGACGAGAAGAAGCUAAAGCUCAAACUUGGUUUUUUCCUACAUAUUCCGUUCCCACCAUGGGAUAUUUUCAGGCUGUUCCCUUGGGCUGAUGAGAUUCUUCAGGGAAUGUUAGGGUGCGACAUGGUCGGUUUCCACAUUCAAGACUACUGUCUAAACUUCGUGGAUUGUUGUCAGCGCAGCCUUGGUUGUAGAGCUGAUCGCAAGAAUUUACUGGUUGAACACGGUGGCCGUACAGUGCGCGUGAGGCCCCUACCCAUAGGCAUACCUUUUGACCGCUUUGUUACGCUCGCCGAGACAGCGCCUAAAGUUAUGCUUACCAAUCAAAAAAUUGUGCUUGGCGUUGAUCGGCUCGACUAUACCAAAGGCCUCGUCAACAGGCUCAAAGCCUUUGAGAUGCUGCUGGAAAAACACCCGGAGCAUAAGGAACAAGUUACUAUGUUGCAAAUCGCCGUGCCAUCUCGUACCGAUGUACGCGAGUAUCAAGAUUUGAAAUUGGAAAUGGACCAGCUCAUCGGCAGUAUCAACGGCCGUUUCACUACCCCCAAUUGGUCACCAAUUCGUUACAUUUACGGUUGUGUUAGUCAAGACGAGCUCGCUGCCUUCUACAGGGACGCUGCUGUGGCACUCGUUACUCCUUUAAGAGACGGAAUGAAUCUUGUUGCUAAAGAAUUCGUGGCUUGUCAAAUCAAUACUCCUCCCGGAGUACUUAUUGUUUCGCCUUUUGCUGGCGCCGGUGAGAUGAUGCAUGAAGCGCUUAUCUGCAAUCCUUACGAACUCGACGAAGCAGCUGAAGUCAUACACAGAGCCCUUACGAUGCCAGAGGACGAGCGUACUCUCCGAAUGAAUCAUCUCCGCCGUCGUGAGAAGGUAUUUGACGUAAACUACUGGAUGAAGUCCUUUUUGCAAGUGAUGGGCUCCUUAGAAGAGCGAGACUCAGUUGGAGCAACGGUGAUGCAACCCGUUACUAUGGACGAUUUCGAUGAUUAUUUAAGCAAGUAUAUUGGAGAAGAUCACAAACUGGCACUGUUACUCGAUUACGAUGGCACCUUGGCCCCGAUUGCUACUCAUCCGGACCUCGCGAUCCUGCCUCUUGAGACGAAGAACGUUCUGCAGAGGCUGUCCAAUCUACCGGAUGUCUACAUUGCAAUUAUUUCGGGAAGAAACGUCAACAACGUCAAGUCGAUGGUCGGAAUCAACGGCAUCACAUAUGCUGGUAACCAUGGACUUGAGAUCCUUCAUCCAGACGGCAGCAAGUUCGUACAUCCUAUGCCUGCAGUUUUUGAAAACAAAGUCGCCAGUCUUAUGCAAUCUCUCCAAGAUCAACUUUGCAAAGACGGUGCCUGGGUGGAAAAUAAAGGUGCCCUAUUGACUUUCCACUAUCGUGAGACUCCGAUGGAACGUCGUCCGAAAAUGGUAGAGCAAGCGAAAAAGUUGAUCGAGGAUGCUGGCUUCAAAGCUUGUCCAGCACACUGCGCUAUCGAAGCUAAACCUCCGGUCGAGUGGAACAAAGGCCGCGCUUCUAUUUACAUUCUACGGACCGCCUUCGGACUUGAUUGGAGCGAAAGAAUCAGAAUUAUUUAUGCUGGUGACGAUGUUACAGAUGAAGAUGCCAUGAAGGCAUUGAAAGGCAUGGCCGCAACAUUCAGAGUCACCUCAUCACAUAUAAUCCGCACGUCGGCGGAGCGUCGUCUACCAAGCACCGACUCCGUUCUGACGAUGCUCAAGUGGGUCGAGAGGCAUCUGAGCCGUCGCAAGCCCCGCAACAACAACGACGUCUCGUCCAAAUUCCGCCGUGGAGCUUCUGGCAUCACAAUGGAGAUGUCAUUUACGCAACCUUCGGCGUAACGAUACUGAUCGGUCGUCUGAAUCCUGUAGGCGAAAACAAAGAAAAAACUUCGUGUAGCCUUUCUUCCAUUUGUUUUACACGCGUUAUUCUCAGAAUUUUAUUUCGUAACUAGGACUAGUUAGUUUAGUUGCGUAGGGUUAAAAAAUGUUUAUACCAAUAAGGACAGUUACAAAUGAGCGCCAUACCUGAAAGACACAAAAAUUAUGAUAAGAUAUAGCGAGUUGUGAAAAAAUAACCGUACAUCGUCAAAUUGAAACGAACACGAUUGCUUUACAUGGGACAAUUACUUACUUGACUAAAAUAAAGUUGACAUUCUGUAGGAUAUCGAGCUUAUAUUUUUUUGCUGGAUAUUAGCAAUUGUCUCCAUGUAACGCUUUUUCUAAAACUAUCUUGUAUAUGUUAAAAUCUCUUAUACUUUUUUAUAUCUAUAUGGAUCUUUCAAUUUUGGAAAAAAGAUUUAUUUUAAUUUGUCUUAAAAUUUCUAAUUAAAAAUUGAAAACUUAUAAUUUAAAUUAAUAUUUAAAAACAUUUCUUUAACAUUUUUGUAUUAGUUAGUUUUUACUGAUCAUUGUUAAAUUUAAAAAAAUUUUUGACUUUAGUAUUAAAUGAAUCCUUGAAGUAAUAGGCAUAAAUUAUAUUUCAUAAAUAUCGAUAAAUAAAGAAAAAUUCAUAUAAUUUCAAAAAUGAAUACUUUCUUUAAUAUUUUAAGGCAGCUUUAUAAGGCCAACAAAAUAAAUCAUUAGAUAUUAAAAUUCGAAAUACAGAAGACUUGUGAAACUAGUGUUAAGAUCUUUCCUUAUGUACAUAUACUUUCGAAGUCUGCAAAGUUGACAAGUCAUAUACAAAAUAUUUUUUCUGCCAAAUAUUAAAGUAAGUUCUUAUUUGCUAAUUUAUAAUAAAAGAUAUUUGUGAGUUAUUACUGUUAGCUAGUUUUAUUGCAACUUAAUGUAGAUGUAUUCUAAUUUUUUGUUUACGUUUCUGGAUUUUUUCAAAGACUUUGUUGUUAUAUUUUGUUUUUAUUUUUCUAAGUAUCUAAUAAUUUAUUUUGCAGUUGGCAGUUUUCAUGUGGCAAAGAAGUGACAAUUUAUUUUUCCCGAAUUACUGGAUGUAUUUUUAUCAUAUUUCUUUCAAUACCAUCAAAUGCAAAUUAUUUUAUCUUUUGUCUAAAGUCGUUGCGAUUUAUAAAGAAUCACUGAAGGGCAAGUAUUUUUAGCAUUUAGUAAAAAAAUAUAGUAAACAAAGAGAAGUAAAUGGCUAAAUUGUAAACAUCAAUGAAGCGACAACACUUGAUAAAAGAAAAUUUUUAAAUUGUAACCAAGUAUACUUCAUGAUAAAAGAAUUAUUUCCGUAUAAACUGAUUUUUCGUACUUGGCAUAUUACUAGACAGAGAAUUUUUUAGGUAACAAAUGUUUAAAAGUGCAAUCAAAGUAGUAAUUGGCAAUAAUUAUGUAUCGAUUAAUCGUAUCUUAAUUACGAAAAACGAGAAAUUUGUACCGAUUUUAUCAAUUUAUUUAUAAACAAAUGUGUGCUUUAUAAUUAAUGGCUCGUAAAAAAAGUGAUGAAUAUAAAUUUUGAUGUGAUUGUAUAUGAAGAAUAAUCUGACGAUUUUGCCAUGGAUACCAAGGGGUCGUGUCACAUUGGAAAUUUCACCAGAUUUGAUGUAGCGAUGUUACAGUUUAAUAAGAAAAUUUCAAUGAUUGUUUUUAUAAAAUUAGUUUUUCUGAUGUCCUAUAUACAUUUUCUGCAAUGCGAAUCAUUUAACAUGUAUAUGUGCUUAAAUGUUUUGUUUUGUAUAAAAUAAUUUGUAAAGCCAAUUAUAAAUUAUUUGACUAAUAAUUAAAAAAAGUCUUAACAGAGAUUGAAAUAUUUUUAGGACAUAUUUUCUUUCAUCAAAGCCGACUGUCUAUAUAUUUGUUAUAUGUACUCUCAGUUUCUAGGUUGAUAUUAGCCAGGUAAUACAUAUCUAUCAAUAGUUUAUACGAUUGAUUUACAAUUUAAAAUUUUAGUGUGAAGUUUAUCAUGCCAUACUGUCUAAGUAUUUACAGAAUCCUAUUCGAUGUAAUAUUGAAGUAACUUUGACACUGAGAUUCGUCAAUUGAAUUACAUAGAUCUGAUGUCAAAAUAAUAAGACAUUUUGAAUAUAAACUGAUAAUAACAAGUUAAACAGAAAAAUUUUAUAGAAAAAAAGUCAAAUGUAUGUAAUAUUUUGUAAUAUAUCGUAUUUCAUAUAAAAAUACAGAACUGAUAAAUGUAUUGCAUGUUUUUAAUUGAUUACGUAAAUGCUGAAUUUGAUAUAUGUUCGUAUAAAAUUUGCACAAAAAAAGAGCAGUGACACUUAUAUAUCAUGUGAAAGUAUAUGCACGAUGAAAAUUUUCAACUAUUAGUUACAAAAUAUGUUGAAAAAUAUUCAGUACUUUCGGGACAUAAUUAACAAACAAAGUUUUUUUAUGAUAUCAAAACGUAAGAAAGUAUAAAAACGUGUGUUUAUGAAUGGAAAAAUGUAUAUUUAUCGAAAUUGUAAACUUAAACCAUAAGUCAAUAGAAUUGAUAUUUUGUAGUUAAAA